AUGGUUGAUACCCGUCCUAAUACUAAGCCGCGGCCGCGGAGGAAGGUGACAUGGUGGCUGCGGAUGAAGUAUCGAUUACUCCGCCUAACAUCGCCUCUAAGGCUUCGCGGGAGCAUCACUCGCCUUAGCCAUCACAACAAGCGGCCGUUUUUCGCUCUCCUUCGACUUUGUCUGCCCUCCUCCUGGCUGACUUGGUCGUUUCCUGUCCCCGAACCACUCUCUCCAAACACUCUCAUCGCUGAGCCGUCGCUUUGCUGGAGAAGACGUGUUGAAGGAGACCUGAAGAACCUACAAGCUGUCCCGAUCUGGCGUUCGCGCGACACCCCUCUUCGCUCUCUCUACCGUCUCUACGAGGCCGUGAUGGCUGGAGAAGAAUUCUGUGAUGUUGUUGGGUACGAGACUGAGUACUUUUGGUACCAAGACAGACACUCGUGGGAGCCUCAUCGGAUACCGGAUCCAGCUGAUCCAGACCCCCUUCGCUAUGCGAUUCUAGCAUGUAUAGCUGAAGCGUUGGUGCUGGCACUAAAUUGGCGGCUGAGCCUUGGUAUGCGUAGGAAUGGAAACCACAUUCAUCGCCAGCAUGGAAGCGACCCAUACCCGCCCUAUAAUCCUCUGCCCAUGCCAUCCUGGGUGAGGAACGUACCGGCUGUGAGUACUAGCUACCUCCGUUCAACCGUGCCAGGCAGCAAGCUCGACUCUGAAGGCCGGCUAGUACUUAUAGAUGAAGGGAAUAGCGAGAUAUUUCGAAAACGAAAUAUCAUUGCGUCAGAGUUCAGGUUCUACACUAUCUAA